AUGACCAUGAAAAUCAUGGUAGCGAUCAAACGGGUCAUCGAUUAUGCAGUCAAAAUCCGGGUCAAGCCCGACAAGACUGGAGUGGAGACCUCAAAUGUGAAGAUGUCUAUGAACCCGUUUUGCGAGAUAGCAUUAGAAGAAGCACUCCGGAUAAAGGAGUCGGGUCGGGCCUCCGAGGUUGUGGCUGUCAGUGUGGGCACGGCUCAGUGUGCUGACACUCUCCGGACCGGGCUUGCAAUGGGGGCGGACCGGGCCAUCCACGUGGAUUAUCCGGGAAGUUUGUACCCGCUUUCCAUUGCCAAGAUUCUUAAAGCUCUUGUUGAAGCUGAGAAGCCUGGUCUUCUUCUUCUUGGCAAACAGGCAAUUGACGACGACUGUAACCAGACAGGCCAAAUGGUUGCUGGGCUUCUCAAAUGGCCUCAAGGGACCUUUGCCUCCAAGGUUGUACUGGACCAAGAGAAACAAGUAGUAACGGUGGACAGAGAGGUUGAUGGCGGUCUUGAGACUUUGUGUUUGGAAUUACCUGCAGUAAUCACCACUGAUUUGAGACUGAACCAACCAAGAUACGCUACCCUUCCUAACAUAAUGAAAGCAAAAUCAAAGGUCAUAACGAAAGUUACUCCACAGGAGUUGAACGUAGAGAUCAAAUCUGACUUGGAUGUCGUUCAAGUGACAGAACCACCCAAGAGAAAAGCAGGUGUUGUCGUGUCUUCUGUAGAUGAACUAAUCGACAAGUUAAAAAAUGAAGUGCACAUCAUUUGA